AUGGAAAAGAAAUUAGUUAAAAAUUGUAAAAAAAAAUCUUUUAGCGGUGUCAAAUUACCUCCUAUCAGUAAAAAUAACAAUGAAAAUGUAAAAACAGUUUUGGAUGUGGAUCCUCAAUAUUUUUCAUUAGUUGGAGGUAGACCCAUUAAAAUAAAUAAGUCAAUUAGUAAAUAUAAACAAAAUAUUAGACAAAUAGCUUUAAAACGAACGCUUCACGGAUUUCUUAUGGACGAAAUGUUAAGAAUAACCAGGGAAAUUGAAACCGAAAGGAAAAUAUACUUUACAGCGUCGAAGCAUUUUGAAGAGUAUCAGCACAGUUUCGAUAAGUUUUUAGCAGAUGAUAACAAUAAAACGAUAGCUAUUAUGAAAAAAUCCGAUACUUUAGCCAAGGUGUUGACCAGUGAAACAGAAGAGAAUAAACAAGCAAAUUUUGAGUUGGCUACUAUAAAGUCAAAAUUACAAUAUAUCAAUGAAACCUUGCAAAUAUUGUUGUCCUUUAAAAAUUUCCUAUACAAAGCAGCGCCUAUUUUAUGGCAAGACAAACAUAAUGUUAAUUUAAAUCCGGAACAAUUUGAAAUUCUCAGUAUGGAUUCAGACAUUUUUGUAAAAAUUGAUAUAGAUCUAAUACGAGAACGUUUAAACAAUUUACCUCUUCCACGCCUGUACUUUGAAACUUCAGAUCAAUUACUUGACGUUUUUGGUUUGCUUGAGAAGCAAAAUCUUAAUUAUCUUUUAGUGACCGAGGAGUUAAAAACAGAGAAAAACAAAUUCUUAAAGUCUCUCGGGCUUUUAAAGUGUUUGCUUAGACUAGAGCUUGAAUAUGUUAAAGAAAAGCGAGAAAUCGAGUUAAAAGAUGUAUUUUUUCGGAUAUUAGAAGAUAAAAUCCAAUAUUUGGUAUCAUCAGAGACCGUGUUACAAAUUUAUAAUUAUGUGGAAUUUGCAUAUGAACAAGUUAUAGCUACAAAUGAUGCAAAUUUAAGUUCGUUAGAUAUGACAUUAUCUCUUGAAAGAGAAUAUGAUAGCUUAAUGCUGGAUUUAUCAGCGUUUGAUUUAGAUGUUAUAAAAUCUACCGAGAAAGAAACUUACGAAAAUGAAGCGAAAGAAGUAAAACUAGCUGAAGAUGCGAGCAAAAUAUUAAAAGAUGUUGAUAAAUUAAGUAAGCGAUUGAAAUCGUCUUUUAGACCAAUAAGGAAAAAAGUUAAUGAUUUGUAA